AUGCAGAUAUUACCUAUGCACUGGCCCGACUUUUGGCAGAAGCAGUCCGCCGCAGUCGAAGUUCAGCAGGGCAAGGCUAUUGCAGAUGCUGCUGCGUCAACAACUACCCUCCAACACUUUAUAUGGAGCGCUUUGCCGGACCCCGUUGCGGUGUCGGGAGGCCAGUUCCUCAAUGUACAUCACUGGAAGGGCAAGAGCUUGAUUACCGAGUAUAUCCAUACCAAGAAACCCGACUUGUGGGCGAAGACGACUACCAUCCUUUUCCCCAAUUACUUUGAGAACACUUUGACCAACCCCCACCGGCAUCUGUCCAUCAAGGACUCCAAGGGCACCUACACCCUCAAGUUCCCUCACAGCCCGCAGACGGUGAUGCCCCAUGUGGCUAUAGGUGAUACGGGCAAGCUAGUCCAUCUGGUCCUCGAAGCUGGCCCAACCUACUUCACAAAGACUAUCGCUUUCUGGGCUCAGGCGCCCUCUGAAGCCGACAAGCUAGCAGAAAUAGGCAGUUGUAUGAUUGCCCCUCCGGACAAAGCCUGCAACAAAGCCUCAAAGAUGAAACUAUUCCCACAUUGUGAAACUCAUAGAAUAAAGCUCCCCAGGGAUAUCCUUAGUGUUGUGAAACCUCGCCGUCUUUACCCCCUCCUUCGCCUGGGUGCAAUAGCUGCCCAAAGCAGUCUCUGACGAUAGAACCGUGACAGCACAGCACAAUACUUGAACUACAAACAGCAAUGAAGGGUUUGACUGAAGCGAGUACAAAUAAGUGUGAAAAAAGCAAGAAAAAAAAACAUACAACAGCUGGGAUUCGCUGGUGGUCACCCACCCAACUACUAACCAGCCGGCGUGUGGCUUAAGUACGGCUGAGCGGACGGGAAGCCCUGUUUUCCACACCCUAUGGUCGUAUGUUACAGAAUAUUUUGGAUAUUCAAUAGAUAUAUCACUAUGGAAUAAA